AUGAACGCCUCUUCAAUAGAUCUCACUUCGAUGGACUUCGCUGCGAUGGACGACGCUUCCAUCGCGCGUUUUCUCCAAAGCCACGUGCAUAGGCCGAUACCUGGUAGCGAAUCAGGACCCAACCCCGUGGCCGUCGCCAUGAAGCCUGUGUUCCUCCGAUUGAUGGAGAAACGCUUCACUCCAAAAGGCUCCGAAGGCAGUCCCGACCCCGACAGUCUGACUGUCCUACGAAAGAUGCAACGAUUGCAGGAUGCUUUCUUGAGCCGAGAAGGCCCCAGCAAGCCCUCCAUGCUUGAUCUUGAACAACUCCGUCGACGUCUUACAUCGUACCCACAGCGACUCCCCGACAGCGACUACCUCAAGGACCUCGACCAGAAGAUCCCACUGGUGCAACAAAUCAAUCAGCUGUGUAGACAGCUCCAUACGGAUGCUUUGAUGAAGGAGCUUCACCUGGACAAGGCUUCGUUCUGGUCCACGUUGAUGACCAUGGACUUGGAGAGGUUGGAAGAAGUUCGACGCGACCUGGAUGAUAUAUCCAGCGUCAAGGCAAAGAGGCUUCUACUCACCGAUUUCCCGGCAUGGGCCAUGGCAACGGCGAUGCUUCUCCGUUCACGUAUGUCAUACAAGGAUAUGCGAAAGAGCCUACCAGGCAGUGGUAUCCAGCUCGGCCGUUGGGUGACAUGUCCGAAUUCGAAUUUAAUCACCGCGCUUCUGAAGAAACUCACAUCAGAAUCCUGCGACGAAAACAUCAUCAACACUCGUCGUAACAUGAUCUGCAUGGACCGAACGAUGGACGAUCAUUGGUACACUGGAGAGUUCAUUCUCAAACCGAUGGGUCGACCAGUCCAGAUGUUUGUCCCAUUUCCAGCAGAAGACCCGGCAGAAGAACCUCAGGUGAAGAGUGCGUGGGUCUUGACGUUGAUCUUCCACUGGCUUCAAAAGACCGAGUUUCCGGGGAUGCAGCAGGCCAUGUCUUUCGACACUGAUCCCCGCCAGCACUUCGAGGACUUCGAUUUCAUGAACUUUGGGGUCUUCAACAACACAACUGCUCAACCCGUGAUCGGCGGAGAGAUCAUCCGAAUCUGCGCCUACAAUGAGGAGGACUUGCCCGACUGUGACCUCUUGGAUCUGCGGGCAAACCUGUAUAUGGCAUUCUCGCUAGCUGCGGCUGUAGACCCGAGAGCCUUCAAGUUUGACGAUGAGAAGGGGGGUGAUGAAGGCGACAACGAAGACGAUGACUUCGACGAGAUGAUCGCUUCUAGAUCGCACAAACGGAUGCUGCUGAAGAAGAGGGCCAAAUCACCGUCGAGCCCACGGUUUCAUAACACACCUUCGACGGCUGCCGACGAAUCGUCCCAUGCGCAGCAAGAUUCGGAACAAGUUACAGAUGAAGCUUUGAGCCCCAAUGAAGAUGGAAACAAGGAUACGGUCAAGAACGGCAAGACGGUCAAUGAAAUUCAAUCCUCUACUGCCUAG